AUGUCGCCCCCCAGCCCAAGCAAGCCCCCCGGCCGGCGCUUUCUCCUUGCCUUUGGCAAGGCGGUUGCCAGCCUCCUGAGCUUCCUCCCGCGCCCCGGGGGAGUCCGAGAGGCCAACGAGAGGCCAACGAGAGGCCAACGAGAGGCCAACGAGAGGCCAACGAGAGGCCAACGAGAGGCCAACGAGAGGCCAACGAGAGGCCAACGAGAGGCCAACGAGAGGCCAACGAGAGGCCAACGAGAGGCCAACGAGAGGCCAACGAGAGGCCAACGAGAGCCCAACGAGAGCCCAACGAGAGCCCAACGAGAGGCCAACGAGAGGCCAACGAGAGCCCAACGAGAGCCCAACGAGAGCCCAACGAGAGCCCAACGAGAGCCCAACGAGAGCAAAGAAACUUGGCACCUGACGGAGCAGCCGAGGGGCUGCGUUCUCUUCCCUUGCCCCCAGGCCGGGCCGGGAACGUUACCCCCAGGAGCCCCGCAUCCCUCCCCCGACCCCUCGGCUCCCGCCGUCCCCCACCCCACGCACCUCAACGCGGUCCCGCUGCCUCACAACGUGCUCUCGGCCACCCCGAGGGCCCGGCCGGGACCGGCCCGGCCCAAGGAUCCCCCCGCCGGGCCCCUCUUUCUCCCCCGGGCCGCCCCGCUCCAAUUUCGAACCGGCCGCCAUUCCCCCCCCCCCCCGGCCCCUUCCGCUUCCGCUUCCGGAGCGCCCCGUCCCGCCCACGACGCGCGCCCAUUGGUCGCUGGCCCGCCCCCUCCCCCCGCCCAUCUUUGGGCCGCCGCGCUCCAUUGGCCCGUGGCCUCCGUCAAUCCCCAGCGCGCCCCGCCCCCCCGGGUUAUCCGACCAAUGGGAGCCGCGGCGCCCGCGCUGUGA